AUGAGUGCAGAAUGGACGGGCGUCCAUGAUGGUCUGGCGAGUACCAUAAACAGCGGAUCCAUCUCCAAGUAUACAUCAACUAAUGCGCUAGAUGAUGAUAACGAUACAGGUUCGACUCAUGAGGAUCGUAUAAAUGGAAUAAUAUAUGAAGCGAUUGCUGAGGAAGACAAUGAAGAACAGGGAGCCCAUUCAAUGACCGAAGCCCCCGUUUUUUUCAAUUAUCAUGAGUUUUCAGAAACUUACUAUGCAGAUAUCGAUAAUUUAGAUGAAAUGAGAGAACAUGACGAAGAUCAUGGGAUUGUAAUCACCCAUUUUCCAAAUGUUUAUUCACCAAGAUACUCUGACAGAUAUGCCAGAACAAGGAUUGUGCGAGUACCAAGAAGAUUUGAAGAAUCCUUGUCCUACCCUUGUUUUAGUACAGUUCUUCCAGGAUCGGAACCUGCAGCAAUAUCAAGCAAUCUUGAUAAAGCUUCAUUUAUCCCAAGAGGUUAUUAUGAUGGACAGUUUUUUGGAUAUUCUUCUGUGAGUCCAUUGAGCUCCCAUUUGUCAAGUGAAGAUUUUGAAGAGAUAGUUUCUCAUAUUAAUUUAUUAUCAGCAAAAAGUUAUUCUGUUUAUACAUGGUAUAACUUUUUGGAUAUGUUCUUAGGGUUUUUGACAUUAGGUAUUUGGACACAGUUUUUCUCUUAUGCAUGUGAUGCUUCUUUCUUAGAAGUAGAGAGGUAUAUCGAAGAAGUGAAUAAUUCGAUGAAAUUUAAGCAAAAUGAUAUCAGGAUCAUAUCACCGAAGAAAUCAGCUUAUUUGUCAUUGGAUUUCGAACUUCCAAAACCACAUAUAUGA